CAAGACAACGGUGGUGCUACUCCGCAUGCUGCCGCAGAUUGACAAAGCUCGAACGUAGGUUGAACCGUACCAUCGUCGACGUCGUCGUUCGUUGCUGGCUGUGAUCGGGGGUUCGCCGCUUGGCAGAAACAGUGCGCAACUUUAUUUGGAUAGGCGCAAUUGGUGAAAGAAGUCGCGUGCGAUCCGCGCCAUAAUUUUAGACAGUUUUUGUGCUUCUCCUGUUACAGCGUAUGGCAGCACAGUUCUUGACGCACGUCAACUGACCCGGAGUGUUGAAUAUUUUACGGCCCGCCAUUAGAAUCUGUGUUUUGUGUACUUAGCCAAGCUAAAAGUGUACAUUAACUAGAACCGUGUGUUAUAAAACCUAUCUACAACCGCGGUGCUGGUUUCAAUUCAUAAUCACGCGUUGCCAAAGAAGAGCCGGUGUCGAUUUUAGUGAUAGUGUGCGGCGUAGGGAUCCUUAAAUUGAUUUAAAAUGGACUACCUACAGCAGAUGAACUUAACGGACUUUACGUUGUAUGACCUGAUCAAUGUAAAAGGCGUUGAGGACACUAUCGACAAAUAUCCGCUGAUGGCAUCGCCGGUGCCGAGCUCCAUACUAAUUGCGAUCUAUCUAUAUGUUAUCUACAAAUGGGGUCCGAGCUAUAUGGAGAACCGCAAGCCGUUCAAUCUGAAGUGGAUUAUAGCUGCCUAUAAUAUCUUCCAAGUGAUGGCGUGUUCGUAUUUGGUGCUGAACUACAUCAAGGUAGGCUUCAAAUUUAGCUUUAUCGGAAGAUGCACGCCAAAAUUGCCCGUCGAGGAGUACGAAUAUGGCUACGAUGCGGUGUAUUAUGGCUGGCUGGCGAUGUGCCUCCGGAUGGUGGAGUUCGCAGAGACCAUCUUCUUUGUUCUCCGAAAGAAGCAGAAUCAGGUGUCAGCGCUGCACGUCUAUCACCACAUCAGCACCUUCCUGAUCGUAUGGUGGAGCCUGAAGCUCAGUUUGUCCUAUCAGGAAAUGUCCAUUAUGGUGCUCAACUCGAUCGUGCACAUCAUCAUGUACUCGUACUAUUUGCUGUCCUCGUACAAGGUGUUCCACCCGUUGACGAGCCGCGUGAAGCCCGCCAUCACCAUCAUCCAGUUGGCCCAGCUGGUGACGAUGCUGGUUCACGUGUACGCCGCGUUACAGCCGACCUGCGCCGCCAACAAGUUCAUCUACAAGCUGCACGCCGUCAACCUCGUCAUCCUGAUCAGUCUAUUCAGCAACUUCUACAUACAGACCUACAUCAAGAAAAGCCGCAAAGCCAAGCAAAGCUAACAAACCGAUCUCGGGCCUCUUCUCUCUAAGUAAUGCGUUGUUGUACCACUUUGUACAUUGGAUUAUGUGUUUAUCUAUUGGUCAUUCUGUUUUCCCCCGCGAAUGACCCAAUAUGAGAAAAAAAGUGAAACUAGCAAGUCAAUAUUUGAACUUUAACAAGCGCGCUCCACUCUGAUGCAAUUACAAUGCAUCACCGUACAAGGAGAUUAAACGCUGGUCUCAAUCGUGACUUGUCCGGUUUCCUUGAAUAACGCUUCCCAACGUCAUAAGUAACAAGGUGUGAUACCAUGUUGUAACAUUAAAGAAAUAAUAAUGAAUGUAGUGCUAAGGUAUGUAGUAGAUGUUAAUUCACAGUUGCUGCCAUAUUCAGUGGUUAGGAUAAUGCAGUGAAACAAUAUAAGA